AUGAGUCAAACAUCCUUGAAACAGAAAAAGAAGAAUGAGGCCGGGAUGAGGUACUCAAAAGAAAGCCUAGAAGGAGAGAAAAGAAAGGAUUCUGAGAAACCAGGAGUUCGUGUGACCACUCAGAUGAAGCGUGCAUUCUAUCCGAAUCACUCAGUGAGAUGUUGCUCCAUGCGAGGUCACUCGUCGUGUAGACACUGCCUUUGUGCAGCUGAGGGAACAGGAACAGUACUUCUUGGCCCCUGCCACACAAUACGUAUUUAUAUUCACAUGUGCCUGUUGUGGGAGCAGGGCCGGCAGAUCACCAUGAUCAGGGGAUCCCAAGAGUUAACAAAGGCAGACUCUCGAGGAUAUCUCGUGCGAAAUCAAUGGUCCCGGACAUCACGGAGCCCAUCCACCAGGGCUCCAUCCAUGGACGAACCCAGAAGCAGGAACACCAGUCUUAAGGUAGAGAUACCUAACAGCUCCGCCACCUCCAGGACUCCAUCCACCUCCCCUAGCCAGCACGACUCGCCGCAGCAACUGUCUGCACAGCCCUCGCCCCCCACGCAGUCCAAGUCACCCAUGCUGCCGGAAUCUCGGCCUCCCACGCCCCCGGAGCCUGAGCCAGGCUCCCGGCGCAGCACCAAGAUGCAGGAGAAGCCGGAAGCCUGGGCUCAUGGCAUCGUCCGGGAAAUCCGGGAAGCCCGGGAAUCGCAGCAGCGGGACCACCCGCGCCUGUCCCCCACCGAAUGGAGGGCCUACGCACAGCGCAAAGGGACCUACUCCCUCUCCGCCCAGUUGGACCGCGACUGUUUGUCCGAACAGCAGCAACAGCAGGACGAGGACGACGAUGAGGACUACUGGGCAUCCAUGAAGACACUGUACGACAAGACCCCUAGCUGCUCGCGUCCCCGGCCGCCCAAACCCAAGCACGCCAUCACCAUCGCUGUUUCAUCCCGGGCACUCUUCAACAUGGUGGACGGCAGGAAAAUCUACGAGGAAGAGGGCCUGGAAAAGUACAUGGAAUAUCAGCUCAACAAUGAGAACGUCAUCUUGACCCCAGGGCCCGCAUUCCGUUUUGUUAAGGCACUGCAGCAUGUCAAUGCUCGACUCCGUGAGCUGUAUCCUGAUGAACAUGACUUAUUUGAUAUUGUACUGAUGACUAAUAACCAUGCCCAAGUGGGAGUGCGGCUUAUAAACAGCGUCAAUCACUAUGGCUUACUAAUUGACCGCUUCUGUCUGACCGGUGGAAAAAGCCCCGUUGGCUAUCUGAAGGCAUAUCUUACCAACUUGUAUCUUUCUGCGGAUUCUGAAAAAGUGCAAGAAGCAAUUCAAGAAGGGAUCGCCUCUGCAACAAUGUUUGAUGGAGCCAAAGAUAUGGCUUACUGUGACACACAGCUCCGUGUGGCCUUUGAUGGGGAUGCCGUCCUCUUCUCUGACGAGUCUGAACAUAUUGCCAAGGAGCAUCGGCUGGAUAAGUUCCUUCAGCAUGAAACACUACUUGAGAAUAAGCCUCUUGCUCAGGUUCCCCUGAAAGGCUUUCUGGAAGAUUUAGGCAGACUGCAAAAGAAGUUUUAUGCCAAAGACGAACGUUUACUUUGCCCUAUCAGGACCUACUUGGUGACAGCCAGGAGUGCAGCCAGUUCAGGCGCUCGUGUGUUGAAAACCCUUCGCCGCUGGGGUCUAGAGAUAGAUGAAGCUCUCUUCCUUGCUGGAGCCCCCAAAGGUCCCAUCUUGGUGAAAAUCCGACCCCACAUCUUCUUUGACGACCAGAUGUUCCACAAUGAAGGGGCACAGAAAUUCGGCACCAUCACAGCUCAUGUACCUUAUGGCAUUAGUCAAAAAAUCAACUCCUAG